CGCAUGCGCCCUACCCAGCAGUCCUCGCAUCGCCCCGCAGAAGGGUCACUAGGACUCCAAAAUGGCGUCAGUCGUACCAUUGAAGGAGAAGAGACUCAUGGAUGUCAAACUAGGGGAGCUGCCAAGCUGGAUACUGAUGCGGGAUUUCACCCCUAAAGGCAUUGCCGGAGCAUUUCAAAGAGGUUACUACCGGUAUUACAACAAGUAUGUCAAUGUGAAGAAAGGGAAUGUUGCUGGCGUUUCUAUGGUGUUGGCAGCUUACGUGCUUUUUAACUACUGCCGUUCUUACAAGGAACUCAAACACGAGCGGCGACGCAAGUACCACUGAAGAGGGCCCAGUGUGGAUUCCUGACCAUUAUCUUUGCACAGCACCUCUGAAUCCUUUCAUAUUGUAAUUAACACCUAAUAAAAAGAUGGCUGGUACUGGGCUGCUUCA